GUUUAAAAAGAGAAAGACAGGGGCAGAUGAAGGGAUGAGAUUGGUGUAACUUUUGGAUGACCCCUUCAUGACAAAGCCACUGUCCAUCAAUUGUCCCUGGUCAUUAUUUCACUGCUUUUAUGCCAAGGGGCUUUUUGUAGCUUUUGUUGGUCCCUCUGUUGAACACCAUGCUUUCAAGUAACUUUUCUAUCUUUUAUAUAUCUGCUUUUGUAAAACUUAAACCUGCAAGAUAUUUCUAAAUAAUUCUAUGCAAAUGUUCUCAUAAUUGUGCAAAUGGUUUACAUUUUUAUUUAAUUUUUUUUAUUGUUGUUGUUGUUUUUUGUGUGCAUUUUAAAUUUUGGUAUUGCUUACUCACUAAUGCAGCAGUUUUAGAUGUUUGUUUAUUCUGAUGAAUCUUAUCUAGGUGUGUCUUCAUUUAGGCAAGAUCCCAUUUAGUUGUAUGUUUACUCGUGUUUGGACCCGCAUCACCUCCAUUGGCCGCUCUGGUCACAUGGUUCGCUAACUUUAUUCAGUUGACACCAAGUAGGAGGGCUCUAUGGAGGAGAGGAAAAAAAGACAACUCGAGAAAAAUUAGUAUUUUCUACCUUCAGAAAUUAAUGGCCAUGAGUUCGUAUAUGGUGAACUCUAAGUAUGUGGAUCCCAAAUUUCCUCCCUGCGAGGAAUACUCGCAGAACAACUAUAUACCUGAGCAGGGCUCGGACUUCUAUAGCCCGGCGCAGGACGCGGACUUCCAGCACCCAGGGAUCCUCUAUCCGCGAUCAAACUACACAGAGCAGCCGUUCAACUGCAGCCCCGUGUCGGACUCCGCGGUGCAGCCCCGGGGUCAUCCCGGGCACACGGCCCACUUUGGGGCACAGACUGAGCAAGGGCCCCCAGUCCAAAACACCGGACCUCGGACUUGUGGGCUGCAGCAAAACGCAAAGAAUCAGAAUGGGAUCCAAGCCAAGCAACCUGCAGUAGUUUACCCUUGGAUGAAGAAAGUUCAUGUAACUACUGUGAACCCCGACUACACGGGAUCAGAGCCCAAACGCUCCAGAACCGCAUAUACUCGGCAGCAGGUCUUGGAGCUGGAGAAGGAGUUCCACUUUAAUCGCUAUUUGACCAGACGGCGGCGGAUCGAGAUUGCCCACACACUCUGUCUGUCCGAGAGACAGAUAAAAAUCUGGUUCCAGAACCGACGGAUGAAGUGGAAGAAGGACCACAAGCUUCCCAACACCAAAGGCAGAUCCGCGCCGGCCUCUGGCCAUUUGCAAAACCAUCAGAAGGACAACCAGACUGAUAUAACAGCGUUAUAAAGGACAUAGGAGGAGGUUUCAGGACACAUAUUUUGUACAUAAACAAAGACAAAAGCUGCAUUUCGACUUUUGCAUGGACUGGUGUCGUUUGUGAAUUUUUUUUUAAUUUAACAAAAUUGAUUCCAGCAAUUUUGACCCAAGAAUGAAUCAGAAAACCAAUCGUUUUCUUUUACUGAGAGGUUGGAAAUAUUUCUUACUUAUAUUUAAUUUCAUCACAGUCAGAAAAUAAUGUUUUUUUAUAUUUGUAUUGGGCCUAUAAUGAUUUAUUUAAUGUUUAAUUUCACGAAUAUAGGCCAACUGUUUCCUCUUACAUAAAUUUCAGUGUUUCCUUUUUUCUGUUUUCUUAUAUUACAUCAAUGAGGCAAGACCCUCGCUUUUUAUCUUUUCUUUUUCAUCCCACAAAACGCACAAUAUAGGUACUUGAAGGAAGCGUUAUUUGCAUAAACACUCGUAGAACUUUCUUUCCAAAAAAAAAAAAAAAGAAAAAAAAUAUAUUUUUCAUUCUGUAACUUGUUUGUUUAACUUAUUUUGUAAAAAAUUAUCUUAGCUCAUAUAUUAUUCCCAGACCUAAGACAUUCCCGCGCGGAAAGGAUUCCGAGUGCCCUUAUAAAUCUCCCUUGACAUCUUUGUAAACAGUGUACAUUUUCAGAAAACUCUCUCUCACAUGAAAGAUUAUUUGUUCUUGCAUGGCACCAAAAUUGCAUUUCUUUUUUAGAAACUCCCCAAAUCCUGAAUAUUAGGAAUGUAUGUCUAUUUUCCCUUGAUUAUUACUUAUUUAUUUGAUGAAGAAAAUGUAAAUCUUCGCAAAGCACACGCGUUUACUCAAAAAUUUCGUUAAAAAGUUUCUUUUUUAAUAAAAAUUAGUAGGUUUUGCUCAUUUUAGCAUGUCUUUCUGAAAACUUUCGAUCAAAAAUAUGAUAAUUUUUUUUGGUAACACCAAACCAACCGAGUGGAGGAAGGGAGCGCUUUCAGGUCACUCAUCGGGGCAAAUAUUUCUUGUUUUAGGCCGUCAUUGUGCUCGAACAACAACAAGAAAAGGCCAAUCGUUUUCCCAGUGCGAGGAGCUCUCUUUUCUUAAGUCUUUCUGAACAGAGAACUGAAAAGGUAUUUCAGCCGAAGAUCGACAAAAGCAGCUAAACCAGGUUCAUCCAGGGGACACAUUUCAGCCGCAAGGACUGACCCCAGCACCUCCUGACCCGCCGGACAGGCAACAUUUUCUCUCCCAGGCGCUACUUCAGUUUGGAGGAGAAAAAGCCUGUCAGACUGCCUAAAAAAAAAAAGAAGAAGCUAAAGCUCAUUCACAGUAAAGAGCCAGUGAAUUCCGCAGUUUUACACGUGUUUUAACAGUAUUUAUAUUACCCCUCCCCUGCCUAAGGAGGCUCUGAUUUGUAUUUGUCUUCCUGCAUUUGUCAAUAUGCAAUUCUUUCCCUCAAUUUUUAUUUUUGUAAAUGCUUUUUACUUUGUACGGUGCUUUGAGAUGUAAGAAUUAUAUAAAUAAUAAAGAUUUCUACUGAUUAUUAGUUUGAA